CACCCAUUGCACUUCACUUUUCAGUCGGUUUCAGACAUUGUAUAGGAUCGUUUAAGUAAAAUGUCUGGAGGAAGAGUAUUACCACAAAGCAAAGAAGCUCUAUUAAAAUCAUAUAGAACAAGGCUUCGUGAUGAUGUGAAGAGUAUGCUGGAAAACUUUGAAGAAAUUGUCAAAUUGGCAAAAGGAGAACAUGAUACACAGUUAUCGAGGAUGACUCAAUGUGAGCAGGAUACUUAUGAAAUGCAUGUGAGAGCAGCUAAUAUUGUGCGUGCAGGAGAAUCCUUGAUGAAGUUGGUAUCUGAUAUAAAGCAAUAUUUAAUAUUGAAUGAUUUUCCAUCUGUGAAUGAAGCAAUUACACAAAACUCAAAACUAUUCCGUACCAAGCAAGCUGAAUGUGAUCAAAAGUUAAUGAGUUUGAGGGAUGAUAUGGCUGCUGAUUUAUAUGAUUUGGAAGAGGAGUAUUAUAACAGUAUUAAUAAAUAGCAUUAGGUUUCAUUUUUUGUUCCCAUUAUGAAUAUUAUUUUUAGAGUUUAUUUUGAUCUAAGUUUAUUAUUUUUAUAUUCAUUGUCUAUGCAAUAAAUUAUUGUUAAUAGAAACCUAUGGAUCUCUUAUGUUAUGAGUUAACUAAAAUAUAAAUUAGUAAACUCAUAAUUAUAUUAUUUUAAUAAGUCAUUUAAAUGUACAACAAUAUCUCGGAUAAUUUGUUCACUCAAUAUUCCUUAUUGUUUGAAAACGGAUUAAUCGAGUACUCGACACUUCUAAAAAAUAUAAUUCUGUACUAAUAUUUUAGAAUUUAUUUUGCUCUAAUGUUUAUGAAUGUUUUUUUUUAAGUUUGUCAUAUAAAUGAGAUGCGUCAAUACAAUUCUUAAAUUAA